AUGUGUCUGCUCGUUGGUUUAAUAAUACUUGUUUAUGUAUUUUAUCGAGUGUAUCAACAUUUAUUUCCAUCACCAGAUAUAAAUCCACGUGAUAAAUAUGUAUUAAUCAGUGGCUGUGAUACUGGUUUUGGCAAUGGAUUAGCAAUUGAAUUAGAUAAACAAGGUUUUAAUGUAUUAGCUGGUGUUUAUAAUCCAAAUAAUAAAGAUUCAUUAGCAAAAAUUCUAUCAUCACGAGCAACUGUCUUUAAAUUAGAUAUUUCCCGUCAAGAAGAUAUUGAUGCUGCUUAUGAAAUGAUAAGUAAUAAAACAAAAGUUCUUCAUGCACUUGUCAAUAAUGCUGGGAUUGCUACAGCGGGAUAUAUUGAUUGGGUAUCAGUAGAAACUAUGCGUAAAAUUAUGGAUGUGAAUUUCUUUGGACAUGUUACAAUGACUAAAAAAUUUUUAUCAUUACUUAUAGCUAAACGAGAUUCACGUGUUGUUAAUAUUUGUUCUGUUGCUGGUUAUUUAUCUAAGCCAGGUAUGUCAGCAUAUGCAACAUCAAAAUAUGCUCUAGAGUCUUUUUCUGAUUGCCUUCGUCGUGAAAUGGCUAUAUGGGGUUUACGCGUUAGUAUUAUUGAACCAGGUUUUAUGCGUACGGGUAUUGUUGAAGGACAUGAUAAAUCAUUACGCAAUUUAUGGAAUGGAUUAACAGAUGAUGUUAAAGAUCGAUGGGGUGAAGAAAAUCUUAAUUCACAAAUUAAAGGAAUUGUGAAUGAUAUAUUUAUAAAAAAUGCCGAAAAUCCUGCCAAAGUAGUGCAAGCACUUAAACACGCCGUCAUGAAUACAGCUCCACGAAUUCGUUACCGACCUGGAUGGCAAUCGAGUUUCAUUAUGUUUCCACUUUCAAGAGGUCCAGCAUGGUUAACUGAUUAUCUGAUGAUCCGACCAAGCCUAAAAGGAGCUCCUCCUGCUGGUAUACGCAAGCAACUCAUUAACUAA